AUGUACCACCUCUUUGCAUUUUGUUUAAACAUUUUUGCAUUUUUCUUGCCCCUCAUAAACUGCUCAGAAAAAGACUGCAUAAACCUGGAUGUUACUAUUACCCAAAAAAUCGAAAACUUGGGAUUCCACAGAGAUUUAAAUUGGCUGGUAGAAACUCAAAACUUGGAUCCGAAAACUUCAGCUUGUAGUGUUGCUUUGAAGCUUAACAUUGGCCAAGGGAUGUUUGUUAAUCCAGAUCAAGUAGAUGAUUUGAGAAGAUUAAAAAAGCUGGAUGCUAUUAUUGAUGGUAUUGUGGACAUUGAAGCUCCUGCCCAUGAAGCCACAAAACACACCGUUUACAUUUUCUUAAAUGGUACCCAAUUGCUUGAUAAAAUUGCUUUAAAAUUGCCCAUUCAUUUGAGAUACCAAAGGAGCUUAAUUGGAGGUCAUGGCAAGGUUAUUUUAAAUAAACCAUGGCUUUUGGUGCGUUGUCCAAACUCAAUUAUUUGUGGCAAGGACAGAAAAGUUAGCGCCCCAAUUAGCUCUAAAGAAGCUGAAUCUUUUGUGGUAUGGAAAAAUAUAUCUUAUAAAGCUCAGUUUGACGAAAUGGAGCUUUUGGUGCCAGUAGGUAAUCUAAAUGAUUACGCCUAUGUGGCAAUAAUCACUUGCAUUUUGGGCUGUGCAGGGUGCGUUUACAUUUUGUCACUUACCACUGCUGAAGAUAAUGAAGACAACAAAAAGUGA